AUUCGCACAUGGCGUUGAAGAGCUGCGCCCAAGGCCCGCUUUGUCGCCUCGAGGAGAUGAAGAGUGUUUGCUGCUGAGGGGGCCCCGCCUAGCUGCUGCUGCAGCAGAAGGUUUGCCUGCUGCACCAGCAGCAGCAGCAGCUGCUGCUGCUGCUGCUGCUGCUGCCGCGGCAGGCAAGGCGGCAGCAGCAAGAGACGCCAGAGCGCAGGCAGCCAAAGGCAACAAAUUGCCGCUCAACUACUCAGCAGGUCCAGCAGCAGCAGCAGCGGCAGCAGCAGCAACAGCAGCAGCAGCAGCAACAGCAGCAGACACACAGUCGUCGCAGAUGCAGGCAGCAACAGCUGCUGCUCCCCGUAGCUCAAGGAGACGCAGAAGGGCCCGCCGCGGAGCAGCAAAGACCCCACCGCCUGCUGUUGCUGCUGCUGCUGCACAGCAGCAGCAGCAACAACAACAAGCGAUGGAGAUGCAGCAGCAGCAGCAGUACAGCUUGCAGCAUCAGCUGCAGCAGCAGCUGCAGCAGCAACUAGAGCAGCAGCUGGAGCAGCAGCUGCAGCAGCCACUAUUCCUGGCCCUCCGGGAACAGCACAAGCUGGAAAAGCUGCUGUUCAGCCCCGAACAGCAGCAGCAGCAGCAGAAGCAGCAGCAGCAGCAGCAGCAGCAAGGCAUUUACGGGGGCGGCUUGGCCUCGGCACUGACAACACCCGAGAAGUCAGUGCCCGGAAACAGCGGCAGCAACUGCAGCAACGGCAACAGCAGCAGCAGCAGCUUUUUGUCUCUCCGAGUGUCUCCUUCAUCUUGCGUCGGCGUCUCUGUCCCCUCCUGGGCCUCAGCAGCAGCAGCAGCAGCAGCAGCAGAAGGCGCAGCAGCAGAAGGCGCAGCAGCAGAAGGUGCAGCAGCCGCAGACGACGAGGAACAAGCGUUUGCAGCGCAGCAGCAGCAGCAGCUGCAGCAGCAGCAGCUGCAGCAGCAGCAGGAGCUGCAGCGGUUGCAGGAGCAGCAGCAGUUGCACCUAGAGCUGCAGGAGCAGCUGCUGCACCAGCUGCAGCAGCAGCUGCUGCCUGAGGGUGUUGCUGCUCAUUGCCUGCCCCUCACGGCUUUCUCCAUUAAACAGCAGCAGCAGCAGCAACAGCAGCAGCAGCAGCAGGAGCAACAGCAGCAGCAGCUGAGCAUUCAGCAGCAAGCUAAGGAACUAGCGGCUUUGCUGCUAAAGCAGCACCAGCAAAAGUAUCAACAGGAGCGCCAACGCUCAGUGCAGCGGCUGCAGCAGCAGCAGCAACUGCAGCAGCAACAGUUGCUGCAGCAGCGACAGUUGCUGCAGCAGCAACAGCAGCAGCAGCAACAACAGGAGGAGCAGCAGCAGCAGCUGGUGCUGCAGCAGCACCAUCAGCAGCUCAUGACGGCCUACGAGCAGCAAACUGGGGCCCCCCUGUGGCGCGUUGGAGCUUCACGGCCUCCUGGGCUGAUUCACAGGGAAGCAGCAGCAGCAGCAGCAGCUGCUGCUGCUGCUGCUGCUGCUGCAGCUGCAUUGAGGUCAGCAGCAGCUGCAAAAGCUCCAGACGCUGCAGCAACUUCUACUGCAGCAACAGCUGCUGCAGCAACAGCUGCUGCUGGCGGCGGCCAUGAACUUCCUUUCCGCGGCCGAAACUCAUGGGGCGCCACAGAGCAGCAGCAGCAGCAGCAGCAGCAGCAGCAGCAGCAGCAGUGGAGUGGGUCCGGCCAGAGAAAGACUUGUUCUGUGGCUGCUUCUUCAGUUCUAAAUCCUGCUGCUGCUCCUUUUGUUCCUGCUGCACUCAGGGGCCCCCAGGGGGCCCCUAUAGUGGGGGGCCCCCAGCUGCUGCCUGAGGGGGGCCGCGCAGCCUCCUCGCUGCCUCAGCAGCAGCAGCAGCAGCAGGAGCAGCUGCAGCUGCAGCUGCAGCACCAGCUGCAGCGCCUGCAGCAGCUGCAGCGCCUGCAGCAGCUGCAGCAGCAGCAGCAGCUGCAGCAGCAGCAGCAGCAGCAGCAGCAGCCGUGGGUGUCCGGGGCCGCAGGGGCCCCGCAGGGCCCCUCCCCGGUGCCCCUAAUGACAGCAGCAGCAGCAGCAGCAGCAGCAGCAGCAGCAGCGCAGCAGGGAAUCAGCAGCAACCAACUCAGAGAUUUAGAAGGGGGCACAGAACCUUUUGUUUGCUCCCAAGGGUACAGCAGCAGCUCUUUGCUGCCGCUGCAGGUGCAGCCGCUGCUGCUGCGGCUUUUGCUGCAGCUGUUGCUGCGGCUGUUGCUGCAGUCGCUGCUGCGGCUGCAGCUGCUGCUAUUGACGCUGCUGCUGUUGCUGCAGCUGCAGCUGCAGCUGCUGCUAUUGACGCUGCUGCUUUUGCUGCAGCUGCAGCUGCAGCUGCUGCUUGUGAUGCUGGUGCUGCAGCUGCAGCUGCUGCUUGUGAUGCUGGUGCUGCAGCUGCAGCGGAAGCUGCUGCAUCAGCAGCAGCAGCAGCAGCAGCAGCAGCAGCUGCUGCUGCUGCUGCUGCUCAUGUGGCUAGUGAAAUAG